AUGGGAUUGCUGUUGAGCCUGUCCAUUGUCAACUGCUUCCACGGGGCCUAUUGCAUCUCUGGGCCGCCUGUCUGGAACAUUCCGAUCAUCGUGGCGUGCGGCCUGGUGACUCACUGGAGUCGCAUGGCGAUCCUGGAGCAGGGGAUCGACUCCCCUCUCUCCCUGUGGCACUUCGAAACUGUCUACAUGUUGUACAGGACCCGAGACAGCCAAACGGCCAUUACCGCCUGGCAAUACCUCCUGGGCGCCGCGGGAGGAUAUUUGGUGUCCCUCUGCAAUGCCGGAUACUGCAACCGACGGUGGAGGGACGCCGCUGACACGUGGACUUUCGUGUUCGGCUUCCUGUACGUGCAGUCCCACGCCUCCAGGGGGCUGAUAAAAAUGUACAAGAUCGGGGCGCCAAAGGUGCUGCUGCGGGCUUACGAGCAGCUCCUGCGCGCGUACUGCCUGGCGCACCCGGAGCGCGGUCAGGACGCUGUGGACGCUGUCAAUCAGCAUGUGGCCGGAAACUGGGAGGUCGUCAUGGAAAGCGACGGGCACAUGGUGGGAUCGCAGGUGCAGUGGAGUCUCGUAGACGCGGGCGGCGAAAGGGCGCUGCUGCGGCGCCAAUUUGUGUCGAACGUUGGCGCCCGACGGCACAACAUAGCAAGGUGCAUCCUGAGGCCAUUCUACCUCAUCUACCUCAACAAGCUGUGGCCCAUCCUGAGCACCGCCAGCAUGGCCAAACCCUACAACCUGCGCCUGUCGAGUUUCCCCACCGCUGCCGCAUCUCGCUCCGGGCACGGGGGCGCCAGCGGCUCGCAGCGGACAGCCGCCUCGUGGCGCAGGGCGCUGCCGGAGCCCCUGGCGCUGCUGCUGAUGGUCAGGGCGCCCAGCGACGCCAUGGAGGCGCUGGAGGGCGCCAUGAGGGGCACCGCGCCGCUGAUGCCGCUGCUGGUCAGGCGCUGCCUGCCCAAGGUACCCGGAGCGAUGUCCCUGGCACGGGAGCACGCCUCCUGCGAAUUCGACGAGCCACAGGUCGGACAGCCACCCCAUGGGGCGAGGGAUCCUCAUGGAUACCUGGAUACAUGA